AUGGUCUUCACACUAAUCUUCACACUGGUCUUUACACUGGUCUUCACUCAGGUCUUCACACUGAUCUUCACAUCGGUCUUCACACUGAUCUUCACAUCAAUCUUCACACUGAUCUUCACAAUAAUCCUAACACUGGUCUUCACUCUGGUCUUCAAGCUGAGCUUCACCAAUUUUCACACUGGUCUUCAUACUAGUCUUCACACUGAUCUUCACACUGGUCUUCACACUGGUCUUCACACCAAACCUCACACUGGUCUUCACACUGGUCUUCACAAUAAUCUUCAUGCUGGUUUUCACACUGCUCUUCACACUGGUCUUCAUUCUGGUCUUGACAAUGGUCGUCAUACCAAUCUUCACACUGGUCUUCACACUGGUUUUCACACUGGUUUUCACAAUAACCUUCACACUAGUCUUAACGAUAAAUUUCACACUGGUCUUCACAAUAUUCUUCGCACCAAACUUCACUCUGGUCUUCACUCUGGUCUUCACAAUAAACUUUACACUGAUUUUCACUCUGGUCUUCACAGUACUCUUCACACUGGUCUUAAAAAUAAUCUUCACACUGGUCUUAGCGAUAACCUAUACACUGGUCUUCACACCAGUCUUCAAAAUAAUCUUCACACCAAUCUUCACACUAGACUUAAUGUAUUCACAAUAUUCUUCACACUGGUCUUAACAAUAAUCUUCACAAUGGUCUUAGCAAAAAUCUUCACACUGGUCUUCACACAGGUCUUUACUCUGGUCUUCACACUGAUCUCCACACUGGUCUUUGCACAGGUCUUCACAUCAAUCAUCACACUGAUCUUCACACAAUCUUCACACUAG